AUGGCCCUAUAUGGCGCCCCAGUGUGGGCGUAUGAAAUAUACAAGAAUAGGAAGUGUCCGCAAACCAUCAGGCAAACGCAGAGAAGAAUGGCUGGUAGGCUCAUCCGAGUCUAUAGGACGACCUCGUGGAUUGCCAACUCAGUGCUGGCAGGGAUGCCACCUCUUGAGUUGGAGGCCAGGAGGCAAGAAGAAGCAUACGCAAGGAUUACCGAUAUAAGGAGAAAUACUCCGACUGAUAUCCCGGUACCCAAGGCUACCAUCGAGGGCAUCAGGGAGGAGACCAAGCGAAACCUGGUUAGAAAGUGGAAGGCAUGGCUGAACGAUCAAACACCCGAGGAGGACGUCGUCGUCAGAGCCAUACAAGGUCAAUUGGAAGACUGGCUGGAGGCGAAAGUGGGGCUCUCCUUCCGGGCGACCCAGGUCCUGACGGGACAUGGUUGUUUCGGACGGUACAUGUGUCGCAUCGGGAGGGAGCUCACGCCGGAAUGCUGGAGCUGCGGGGCGGAGGUAGACUCCGCGAGGCACACGCUUCGUUACUGUCCGGCUUGGACGGCAGAAAGGAACGCGCUGCAGGAUGUAUUGGGGCAGAACCUCUACUGGAGGGCGAUCAUUACGGCCUUGAGAAGGGAAGACGGGAGGAGAGCCUUCUUGGAAUACUGUGAGGUGGUUAUGGCCAAGAAGGAGGUCAUCGAAAGAGACAGAGAGAGGAUGGCUGGAUUACCAGCCCAGGGUGCGAAUAGAAUAGGGGGAUGA